AUGGGACGUCUUGGGCAGGAUAAGGCGAAGGCUGACAAGGCAAAAGCCGGUGCAAUUACUGUGUUGCAGUUUAGGGACGCUGUUGUGGCUCUAGGAUUCCAAGGCGCGUCAUUCGAAAUUGCAAAAAUGUUUAUCGAUCUGAAUCCUAACGAGGACCGGUUCGUCACUGUGGACGAGUUUAUGAAUGAGAUGUGUAAGGAGGACAGCCGAACAAGAACGGAGAAAGAUAUGAAGGUGAUCUUUAAUCAGCUGGACGCUAACAAAGAUGGCUUGAUAACGCCUGAUGACAUCGCCUUAUGUUUGGAAAAGACCAAUCGAUCUAUGCUUGAGGAGAAUAUUGAUUUUAUGAUCAAGAAAUAUGAUCGUGAUCGUGAUGGUGGUCUGAACUUUAAAGAGUUCUUGGUUGCCGCGAGACGGAAAUAA